GGGUGAAUCUACAGGCUGCGCUGGCGCAACUUGGCGAUGUGAAGCUUUGCGGGCAGUUGUCGUCCAAAGCGAAGCGAGUACUCUUACGACGAGACAAUCAGAGACUCAGACCUCUGCAGGAAGGAGGAGUAGCCGGACGAGGACGAGGACGAGAAAUCGAAAUCAGGGUCUAGGUCACAGCGCCACGGCCCUCACGCUCUGUCUGCCAUGAAGAGAGGCAAUUCCGAACAGCAGGUGCAGUGUUCCUGCUUUCGCAAGUGAAUGCAGGAAUUCUGAGAUUUGCGCGGGGGCACGGGCACGCACGAGCCCGACUCGAGACAAGACACACCGCGGGCCUCGAGGAGGAGGAGGACGAGGAGAAGGAGGAGCAACUUGAGCUGGAGCUGGCCGAGGAGCAGACGCAGAAACGCUCGAGGCUGAGGGGCACAGGGGGCAGGGCCGGGGGAGAGAUGCAGGGGAGCCAGGGGAGGGCGGGUGCAGGAGGUGGUAGCGGUAGUGGUAGUGGUAGUGGAGGGGGCAGUGGCAGCGGCAGGCAUGGGGGCUACCCUGGACGAGCAAAUGGGGUGGCAAACAACAAUCUUGGGGCUGGGGCAGGGCUUGCAUACGGGGGAAUGCCCGGCGGGUACGUUUUCAACAAUUGGGUCGGCUACGGGAAUUACCAAAUGCCGAGCCUGAUGCCAAUGCCGCCCGUCGUGCCGCGCAGCUACGGGCGCGGAUCUGCGUCCCACUCCUUCGUGCCCCUGGGCGUGCAAGGAGCAGGCAUUCUGAAGCGCCCCUCGGGCCCUCCGCAAGGCCAAUCGAUGCACGGUCGCUCUAAUCGCAAUCGAGGUCACAAUGGGCGAUCGUGGGGUAGCCGCGACCGCGACCGCGACCGUAAGAAUUUGACCAAAGAAGCUUUAGACGCAGACCUCGAUGAGUAUCGGAUGAAAGACAAAAAGUUUGGCGGUCAGUCUCUGGAUGCCGAGCUCGAUGAAUACUGGAAGAAAAAAGAGGACAGCGACUUGCUUCCCGAGGAGGAUGAGCUCAAGGAUUCGGGCGAAGGUGGCGCAGACAUCGGGGCUAAAGAUGGCAAGGUGCCUGCCGGAGGCACUACUAGUUCUCGUCACAGCCAUGGUGAUAAGCAGUCUGCGGACGGGAGCAAAUCCAAGUCUCCGUCCAAGGACGCUUAAGAGGAGAAGUGCUUUGGGAUGGAACGAUGGCCAUGCGUCGAUGGUUUUAAGUUUUUUUUCCGCGUGAAAAGCCAUACCGACGGAUCUCGAUGCUUUGGAGCUUCUCUUGCAGGUCUGGACUGACGAUGGAAGGCCCACGAGUUUGAUGAUGUAGCCACGGCACAGGCCUUUUCGGCGAUUUCUGAUUCUCCAAGGCUGUGGUGUAUGUCAAUGACAUGUAGCUUAGAUGGUUAGGUCAGAGAGCCACUGGUUUUGUAGAAUUAGUCCUAGUCUUGUGGCCACCUGCUGCCAGUGUUGUACAUUACUUCCCAGAAAAAAUUGGAUUGACAUGUUUUAGCUGGCAUUUUGUAUGAU